AAAUUGGUCUGACAUCCGGUAAAAAAAAAAAAAAAAUAGAAAAAUUGGUCUGCCCUCCCAUGUGCCUCCCGAUCCAGCGAUACAGGGCUCUUCCGAAUUCCCAUCGUCCGCGUCCAAACCGAUUCCCAAUCCCUGUUGCAGUUCUGCAAUCUCCAGCUGCCGUAGCCGUACUACCAGCCUGAGCCGUCCGGCCUCAUCUGAAGCCUCCUGCCAUCCCUUCCGCCGCGUGCCCUAAGCAGUUCAGCAUCUCCAGCGCCUUUCGCCUCCUUCGAUUCAGACUGAACUUGCAUUUAUCUCUUACUUUGUCUCAGAAUAGGUCGGUGGUACAAUGAGCCGACCAACUACACGCAGCAAAAAUAAAAGACACAGACCAGAUAAUGUUAAUAUUACUUCCGAAAUUUUGAGGAAAAUUCAUGCUACUGGUGAAAUUUCCAAUGACGAUGUAAAUCAGUUGUACAUGGUUCAGAAGCCAGUUUGUCAAGGCUGCCGUGUGAACACUAAAGAUAAUCCCAACUGCUUUUGUGGAUUGAUUCCACCACCUAACGGGAGUCGGAAAUCUGGCUUAUGGCAGAAAUUGUCGGAUAUCAUUCAAGCCCUUGGUCCAGACCCAUGCAAAGAUCUUCGUGCUUCUGCUGAUUCACCUGCUGGACUCACAAAUCUGGGAGCAACAUGUUAUGCCAAUAGCAUACUACAAUAUCUUUACAUGAAUACAUCUUUCCGAGAAGGUGUUUUCUCUGUCGAACCAGAAGUACUGAAGCAACAUCCUGUUUUGGAUCAGCUUGCUCGGCUUUUUGCACAGUUGCAUUCUAGUAAGAUGGCUUUUAUCGACUCAGCUCCAUUUAUAAAGACACUGGAGUUAGAUAAUGGAGUUCAGCAGGAUAGCCAUGAGUUCUUGACCUUACUUCUUUCCUUGCUUGAGCGUUGUCUAAACCAUUCUAAUGUUCUUAAAGCAAGAACUAUUGUUCAAGAUCUCUUCCGUGGAAGCGUGUCACAUGUAACAACGUGCUCUAAAUGUGGAAGAGAUUCUGAAGCAUCUUCAAAGAUGGAGGACUUCUAUGAACUGGAGUUGAAUGUAAAAGGGUUGAAAAGCUUAGAUGAGAGUUUGGAUGAUUACCUUAGUGUGGAAGAGCUUCAUGGCGAGAAUCAAUAUUUUUGUGAGCUGUGUAAGGCCCGAGUUGAUGCUAUUCGCAGCAUCAAAUUAAGAACUCUGCCUGAGGUCCUGAAUUUUCAGCUCAAGCGUUGUGUUUUCCUUCCAAAGACCACAACAAAGAAGAAAAUCACAUCAGCAUUUUGUUUCCCUGGAGUAUUGGAUAUGCAGCAGAGGCUGUCUGAACCUUCUCAGUUGGAUUGGGUAUAUGACUUGUCAGCUGUAUUGAUUCAUAAGGGAACUGCUGUAAACAGUGGCCAUUACAUUGCUCAUAUUAAGGAUGAAAAUACUGGGCAGUGGUGGGAAUUUGAUGAUGAGCAUGUCUCAAACUUAGGAUUUCAUCCCUUUGGAGAAGGCUCUUCAAGUUCUACAUCUAAAGUUGUUCACAGUGAGCCACCAGCUAACAUGGAAGAAAAACAUGCUCUUGCCAAUGGAAAUCAUGUAGAUUCUGUUCAGCUACAUUCUUUGAAAUCUAGUACCGACAGCCAUGUAGAGGUGUUCUCAUCCUGUGAUGCAUAUAUGCUGAUGUAUAAUCUUAGGCGUACUAAGAAGGUAAAUGAGAAAAUACAUGUGGUUUUUGGUGCCAGCAAAAAUGAAAUAGAAGGUUGUGAGAGUUCUUCACAUGAUACUUCUCUUCCAUCUCACCUUUUUGAAGAAAUAAACAAAUUGAAUGCAUCAUAUCUUGAAGCUUGUGAACAGUACAAGCUGAAGAAGGACAGUGAGAUGAACCAUAUCACCGAAAGGAGACAAGAAGUGCGAUCAGUUCUUUCUGAAGCUCCUGUCCAGUCAUUUGAAGAACCAACUUAUUGGGUUUCCAUGGACUGGCUUCGCCAAUGGGCGGAUAACCUUACUCCACCCAGUAUAUUGGAUAAUACCCCUAUCCAAUGCUCGCAUGGAAAAGUCCCAGUGUCAAAAGUUGGCUCCAUGAAACGGAUGUCUGCUGCAGCUUGGACCAAAUUGUUCUCUAAGUAUGAAGGAGGGCCACCACUGACAAAUAAUGACUACUGCAUGGCCUGCCUUAUUGAUGGUGCACAAUCUGUCGUCUUUGCUGAUAGCUAUAGGGAUCGGAGGACAUUAAUGAGGGAUCUGGCAAGUGACGUACUUGCAGGGAAGCGUCUAGAUGGAACAUACUAUGUAUCUAAGACAUGGUUACAGCAAUGGGUGAGAAGAAAGAACCUCGAUGCUCCAAGUGAGGCUGAUGCAGGGCCAACACUUUCAAUUAGGUGUACACAUGGGCAGCUUCUGCCUGAGCAAGCCCCGGGUGCCAAGCGAUUGCUGAUUCCAGAGGAACUCUGGCUGUUCAUUUAUGAGGAUGCCAUUGCAGUAAAACCUGAUGAUCCCUUGGGUUGUACAACUUUUCCUUCAGAUUCUGAGCAGUGCCCUCAAUGCUGUGAUGAGCUUUCUGAAGUUGCUUGCUUGGAAGAUUCUCUAAGAGCAGUGAAACUUAAACAACGUCAGAAUCAUGAGAAAUUGGCUAUGGGAAAAAGUAUUCCCCUUUCUUUACAAUGCUCUUAUUACUUGGUCCCCUCUUCAUGGCUUACAAAGUGGAGGAACUAUGUAACUGCUAGUGGCAAGAAUGUUUCCUCAUCUGUGGAACCUGAUACUCUUGAUUUUGUCAUUGAUUCAUUAAAAUGCGAAAAGCAUUCACGGCUCCUAGAGAGGCCUCCUGACCUGAUGUCCAAACGUGGAAUACUUUUCCAAAAGGGCUCUAUGACAGAUGGCUUAACAAUUAUUACUGAGAAUGACUGGAACAACUUCUGUGAAGAGUGGGGUGGUAAUAAGGACAAGGGCAUAUCUGCAAUUAUCGAGCCUGAUAAUGUUGCACAAAGUAAUUUAGCUGGCUCCUGUGAAGAGACAAUUACUGAGGAGCAUCAGAAUCCUCAAGAUGAAGUAAAUAAGGAGACUGAGACCAGACAGCCAAUAAUUAGGACUUGUCCGGAGAUCUGCGAGGACUGCAUAGGUGAACGAGAAAGUUGUAAGUUGAUGCAGAAACUUAACUACUCUGAUGGUGACAUAUAUGUAUCCCUUGUACGUGGUAAGGAAGCUCCACGAUCAAUUCUGGAAGCAUCUGAGACAGCUACUGAGCCUGAUCGACGGGCCUCCAAACGCUCUCGAAAGACCAGUUAUGGCAACUCAGUAAAUUUAAAGGUUUCCGGUUCUACGUCUAUAUACCAGCUAAAAAUGAUGAUAUGGGAAUCACUUGGGGUAGUUAAGGAGAACCAGAUACUACACAAAGGUUCUAGGAUACUUGAUCAGGAAUGUGCUACUCUUGCAGACUUGAAUAUAUUCCCUGGAGACAAGCUUUGGGUUCAAGAUUCUGAAAUCCAUGAGCAUAGAGAUAUUGCUGAUGAGCUUGCUGAGCAGAAGAUGACUUCACAGCAUGCUGAGGAAGGUUUUCGUGGAACACUUUUGACUUCAAAUAUUUCCUAACCAGUCAUUUAAGAUGUAUGCUGAAAGUACUUGUCUUCAUGUCCCAUCACCUUUUUGUACAUAUAUAUGGGGAGAGAAAACAGCUUGAAUAUUUGACCUGCCUAUCGGAGAACCAGCAGUUGAGCUCGGUGUUUUUGGCUUUUUGUAUUAUGAAAGCGUGGUCCAAUACUACUUGUAAAGCUCCCAAAAUAUUUUGUAACAUUUAUACUUACAGAGGUACAGAUGUAUUGCCUCAUUCCCUACUUUUGCCUAACACUUGGAAAGGAAAUGAAACGUGUUUAGCUGGUUUCAUGCUAGCCAAUUGUUGUGAAAA